AUGGACCACCUCACCGAGGAGCUGCCUUUCAAUCAGGUGAACAUGGAGUGGGAUGGCUAUGGCUGGAGCACUUCACCAUCUACCUCGGUGAGCAUGAGCGUAGCUGACGUCCUCGGAAACCACGUCAUGCAGACGAAGCUGCUGGAGGCAGCGCUCUCAACUUCAUCGAAGAUCGGUGAUUUGAGGGCUUCGCUGACAGCUGCCAAUGAUGCACUCUCAACCAGUACUACCAUGGAGUCUGGUGUUGGGAUGGAUCCUUUCAGCACGCUGUUGCUGGAUAUGGCUUUGCGAAGCGUCGUCCUUCAAACUGGACGCGCAGCUGGCAGUCGAAGACGACAUGGAACGAAGGCGAGUCACUUCUUCUGA